AUACACACUGGCGAGUAACGUCUGUUUGUUGUUUAUACGCCGAACAUCGACGCCCUCGCAGCGUCGGGCCUCAUGCUGCACAACUACUACGUCACGCCCAUAUGUACACCCUCCAGAGCCGCGCUCAUGACCGGCAAAUACCCGAUACACACUGGCGAGUAACGUCUGUUUGUUGUUUAUACGCCGAACAUCGACGCCCUCGCAGCGUCGGGCCUCAUGCUGCACAACUACUACGUCACGCCCAUAUGUACACCCUCCAGAGCCGCGCUCAUGACCGGCAAAUACCCGAUACACACUGGCGAGUAACGACUGUUUGUUGUUUAUACGCCGAACAUCGACGCCCUCGCAGCGUCGGGCCUCAUGCUGCACAACUACUACGUCACGCCCAUAUGUACACCCUCCAGAGCCGCGCUCAUGACCGGCAAAUACCCGAUACACACUGGCGAGUAACGUCUGUUUGUUGUUUAUACGCCGAACAUCGACGCCCUCGCAGCGUCGGGCCUCAUGCUGCACAACUACUACGUCACGCCCAUAUGUACACCCUCCAGAGCCGCGCUCAUGACCGGCAAAUACCCGAUACACACUGGCGAGUAACGUCUGUUUGUUGUUUAUACGCCGAACAUCGACGCCCUCGCAGCGUCGGGCCUCAUGCUGCACAACUACUACGUCACGCCCAUAUGUACACCCUCCAGAGCCGCGCUCAUGACCGGCAAAUACCCGAUACACACUGGCGAGUAACGUCUGUUUGUUGUUUAUACGCCGAACAUCGACGCCCUCGCAGCGUCGGGCCUCAUGCUGCACAACUACUACGUCACGCCCAUAUGUACACCCUCCAGAGCCGCGCUCAUGACCGGCAAAUACCCGAUACACACUGGCAUGCAACACACAGUGCUAUUUGGCGCGGAGCCUCGUGGUCUGCCGUUGCCGGAAAAGCUUCUGCCAGAGUACCUCAAGGAUGUCGGAUACAGAACCCACUUAGUGGGCAAAUGGCAUCUCGGCUCCUACAAGAAAGAAUACCUGCCUAUGUACAGAGGAUUCGACAGCCACGUUGGAUUCUGGACAGGCAAGAUCGAUAUGUACGACCACACCAAUCAGGAAAAGGGGCAUUGGGGCUUCGACUUCAGACGAGGGUUCUCGGUAGCUCAUGAUCUCUUCGGUGAAUACGCAACCGACAUCUACACGAAGGAAGCUGUCAAGGUUAUUAACAGCCACAACAAAAGCGAGCCGUUAUUCCUGAUGGUGGCGCACUCAGCGGUGCACAGCGGCAACCCGAGUGAAUAUAUCCGCGCUCCGGACGGCUUGGUCGCUAACUUCACUCGCAUUGAGAACUUUCAGAGACGGAAGUUUGCUGCCGUAUUGACAAAAUUGGACGAGUCGGUUGGUAAAGUGGUGGAAGCCCUGGACGCAAGAGGUCUGUUGGAGAACAGUAUCGUCAUCUUCACCACUGACAACGGCGGCCCAGCUGAGGGGUUCAACGAUAAUGCAGCGUCUAAUUAUCCUUUGAGAGGGGUCAAAAAUACUCUGUGGGAAGGCGGAGUGAGAGGCGCGGGGUUGAUGUGGAGUCCGCUGAUCGCUAAGAAGGCCCGCGUCGCCUCACAGCGGUUCCACCUGGUGGACUGGCUGCCUACCCUGCUGAGCGCCGCGGGAGCUAAUGUGAGCACACUGGCGUACAUAGACGGAAUGGACCAAUGGAACACUCUGUCGAAUGAUCUCGAGCCGUGCAGGACCACUAUUGUUCACAACAUUGACGAUAUCUUGGGAAGUGCUUCUAUAACGGUCGGAAAAUGGAAAUUGCACAAAGGUACCAACUACGGGGGCGCCUGGGACUACUGGUACGGACCGAGCGGCCGAGAGGGCGCCUAUGACGUCACUCUGGUUCAGACGUCACUUGCCGGGUGCGCCAUCAGUAGAAUGGGCCUCAUGCCUGACAACGAGAAGGUCCUGGAGCUCAGACAGGCGGCAACAAUAAAGUGCGACAGAAAAAAUCAGAUAGUUUGCAACGCGUUGAAAGCACCGUGCUUGUACAACAUCGAGGAGGAUCCCUGCGAGACCAGAAAUCUUGCUGACGAAGAACCAGCAGUGCUAGCAGAACUACUCCAGGAAUUGGCCAAAGUGAACCGAACUGCUGUACCGCCGAACAACAAACCCCUAGAUCCUGUAGGGAACCCCAUGUACUGGGGGUAUGUUUUCACCAAUUUCGGCGACUACAAAACCCCUCCACUAAAUGUCGAAUAUUGAGAUCAAUUAAUUAAAAUUAAAAUUGAGGUCAAACAAUCUGCCUAAUUUAUUUGACUUAGGAAAAUGAAAAAAAUAAGUGCUAUUUAAGUGGGUAAAUUUAUUAUUUUAUUCCAUUUUAUCCAAGCCUACCUCAAUAAUUAAUAAUAAUAAGUACCUAGAUAGAUAUAUACUCCGCGACAGAUUGAGAUGGCAAUCGGGGUAUGAGGCGGGGGGACGCCCCGAACACCCGCACGUCACACGCGCGCGUCACGGGGUUGUACGGAUGUGCGAGUCGUUCCCUCCCCGAUUGCCAUUACAAAUUACAAGCUGUUUUUUUGUCCAAAUAGAUGUCGUUGUAUAGGUACUUACCUAGGUAAUUAUGCUGUCCCUAAAUGUCAGAAUGAUAUUCCACCUGCACCGAUUCAAUAUACUUAGGUACUUACCUAGGUACGAAAUGUAAAUUAUUACACUUAAUGGAUAGUUAAAAUCAGGAAAUCCAACAAUUAUUAUAUACUUACUUUGUUAUUAUAUGAUAAUCGAAUAAUUAUAAUGCAAUUAUUGGAUUUCCUGAUUUUUAAAAUAAUAGUCCGUCAAAAAAAAAAUUAACAAUUUUUUUUUAUAAAAGCACCUAAUAGAUACAAAAGAAAAUUAUUGUUGAGACUAAAAUAAGAAAAUGUAUUAACAUUAAGGGUACCUACCUAACUAGUUAUAGAAAUAGACUUUAUUAUGCCUUUUUAGUCAUAGAAUUAAGUACAAAAUAAAUAAUAAAUCAUUUUAAGUCUAG